UCGAGCAGCGGGCUGUGAAUGUGCAGGUGUUUCACGGCCACCCGAACGCGCCAGUCUGCGUGGCGGGCAGAAGACACGGUGCCGGACGCGCCGCGGCUCAGGUAGCGCAAGUCGGCGAGCUUGUGGUACGGGAUGGUGGGCAGGGCGCUGCAGAUGGCCUCCUCGUUCAUGGUAGCGGGUGGCGCGGGCACUCAAGCAGCCGAUCGAUUCCGGAAGUGCCAGCCGCUCCCGCGGCUCCACCCCCUGCGCGAGCCGUAUCGGCAGGCACUACAGCCUGCCGGACAUGAGGUCACGAGGCCGUCCAUUCUCCGCGCAGCGCACGCCAAGCCGCUGCUUAUCCGGAGCCGGAGCGGACUCUUCUCUUCUAGAGACUGGUCAACUCUGCGGCGGCGGGGCGCACAGGGGAGGAGCUUCCUCUCUCCGACCUGGCCCUCCCAGGCGCUGCCAGCCACCCGAGCCCGCCUUUCGGAGCUCCUCCCUCCCCAGACUUCUCACGCGACGUCAGCGGCGGAUGCCGAGGCGGGGAUGAGGGCCACUGGCCCGCGAUCCUCCCAGCAAGGCUCCGGCCUCGGCCUCAGGCCCGAGAUCUCCGCCUUGUGGCGACCAGACGACGUGUGCCACACCGGCGGGGCUCGGGCGGGGGCUUGGGAGUGGGGAAGUGAGCCAGGGGCGCUCAAUUUGUCUUCUCUCCCCGCAACCCACAAGGUUGGAAAGGUUUUCUUGUGGGGAAAUUUCCUCUCCGCAGCUUCACACUCAGUCAGCGGACCCUCCCACCCAGGAGGAAUCUCCCCUGGUCCCAUCGGCGCGUCUUCCGGGAGUCGCCAAACACCAGACAGAGGUAGCGGGGUGGGUGUGGCAGCUGCCAUUUCCUGCGCGGAAAGCCCUUUGAGGACGUGCGGUGGUGACUUACUAGGGCUCCGCGCUUCUCAGCCCGGUGAGUCAGGUAGGGGUGUAGAUUCACUUGCUUAUCUGGACUCCAGUCUAACCUCACUUGCAACUACUUCAGUCGUGUGGGGGUGGCUGAUAAGCCCUGUCAGAGUUUAAUCCUGUCUAAACGUUCAGAUGUUUAGUUCCCGUUGAGUGCUUCUCUACUAGGGACCUAUUUUUCUGACUUUUUUUUUUCUCUCCUGACGUCCAUAAUUACAGACAGAGAUUGAAAAGUAACCUUGAGAGAGUCCCUCCCUUGAUUCCAGGGAAAGUUACUAGAGGAUGUGCUCCAACGAAACAUGAGAGCAAGACAAGAAAGAGAAAGAUGUGGGAUCCAGAAAAAAGGACCAGGAGAAUGUGACGGGAAAUUCCAGGGUGAAAGAUAUGUGGCAGAAUUAGAGAGCAGUCGUUUUCACCAGAGAAGGAAGAUGGCAGACUCCAAGAAGAAAGACUGCAAAGUGAAUCAGCUAUAUGUAUACAUAUAAUGUCCAUGGACAGAGGAAUGGAUAAAAAAGAUGUGGUAUAUAUAUACAAUGGAAUGUUAUUCAGCCAUAAAAAGGAAUGAAAUUGGGUCAUUUGUAGAGACGUGGAUGGAGCCAGAGACUGUCAUAAAGAGUGAACAGCAGUGCCUCCCGUUUCUCGUCCUACACCUGGUCACUACCAUGUCCUGUACCGCGGGUGUGGAGAAACGCAGUUGGGCUGGCACGGGGAGACAUACUGCCUGGUUGGCGGCUACCGGCUCUACGGGGAUGUUCCUUUGGCCAUGCCAGCUAAGGUAGACGCAGAGAAGCCAGUCCCCAGACGUGCUCCGAAGAGAAAGCACUCUCUGGAAUGGUCGGACGAAGACCUGGGUUGCCCCAGACCCAAAAUCCGGCGAUUGGAGCUUUCAAGCAGCACAGGAAUACAAGAUGCUCCUUUGGCCACGCCAGCCAAGGUGGAAGCAGAGAAGCCAGUCCCCAGAUGUGCUCCGAAGAGAAAGCACUCUCCGGAAAUGCCGGACGAAGACCUGGGUUGCUCCAGACCCAAAAUCCGGCAAUUGUAGCAUGGUGCCAGGAGGCGGACCCCACAGAAUCUUGCAGGGGCCCCUUUGUGAGCUGAAGAAAGAAAAGUCUAGAAAAAACGGAUAGCUGGGAGGGGAAGAUGGCAGAAGAGUAAGACACGGAGAUCACCUUCCUCCCCACAGAUACACCAGAAAUACAUCUACACGUGGAAAAACUCCUACAGAACACCUACUGAAUGCUGGCAGAAGACCUCAGACCUCCCAAAAGGCAAGAAACUCCCCACAUACCUGGGUAGGGCAAAAGAAAAAAAGAAAAAACAGAGACAAAAGAAUAGGGACGGGACCUGCACCAGUGGGAGGGAGCUGUGAAGGAGAAGAGGUUUCCACACACUAGGAAGCCCCUUCGCGGGAGGAGAGUGCGCGUGGCGGAGGGGGGAAGCUUUGGAGCCGUGGAGGAGAGCACAGCCACAGGGGUGCGGAGGGCAAAGCGGAGAGAUUCCCGCACAGAGGAUAGGUGCCAACUGGCACUCACCAGCCCGAGAGGUUUGUCUGCUCAGCUGCGGGGGUGGGCGGGGCUGCAAGCUGAGGCUCGGGCUUUAGUCAGAGCGCAGGGAGAGGACUGGGGUUGGUGGAGUGAACAUAGCCUGAAGGGGUUAGUGCACCACGGCUAGCCGGAAGGGAGUCCGGGAAAAGAUCUGGAGCUGCCGAAGAGGCAAGAGACUUUUUCUUCCCUCUUUGUUUCCUGCUGCGCGAGGAGAGGGGAUUAAGAGCGCUGCUUAAAGGAGCUCCAGAGACGGGCGCGAGUCGUGGCUAAAAGCGCGGACCCCAGAGACGGGCAUGAGACGCUAAGGCUGCUGCUGCCGCCACCAAGAAGCCUGUGUGCGAGCACAGGUCACUAUCCACACCCUGCUUCCGGGGAGCCUGUGCAGCCCGCCACAGCCAGGUUCCCGGGAUCCAGGGACAACUUCUCCGGGAGAACGCACGGUGAGCCUCAGGCUGGUGCAAAGUCACGCCAGCCUCUGGCGCCGCAGGCUCGCCCCGCACUCCGUGCCCCUCCCUCCCCCCGGCCUGAGUGAGCCAGAGCCCCCGAAUCAGCGGCUCCUUUAACCCCGUCUUGUCUGAGUGAAAAACAGACGCCCUCCAGCGACCUACACGCAGAGGCGGGGCCAAAUCCAAACCGGAGCCCCUGGGAGCUGUGAGAACAAAGAAGAAAAAGGGAUAUCUCUCCCAGCAGCCUCAGAAGCAGCGGAUUAAAGCUCCACAAUCAACUUGAUGUACCCUGCAUCUGUGGAAUACAUGAAUAGACAACGAAUCAUCCCAAAUUGAGGAGGUGGACUUUGAGAGCAAGAUUUAUCAUUUUUUCCCCUUUACCUCUUUUUCUGAGUGUCUGGUACCUGAGGAGUUGUAUACCUCCGGGAAGAUAUGUGCUCCAGACCCGUAAAUAUGCAGUUCACAGAGCCCACCACCAGAGGACAAUAAUGAAGUAAACUCUUGAAACCAUGUAGUGAAAAUAGUGGGAGUUUAAAUAAAAGCAACAUUUCACAGUAUGCUUUUCUGACCAAUCUUAUAUCUAAUACCCUAAUGGAUUAUAUGUACAUGGAUUCUGAAAAGUCAGCAGCACACUUCACUGGUCAAUUUCUAUGAUAAGGGGACGGAAUUUGAGUGUAGAAAAACAGUAUACUUACAUCUUAAAAUUCCACCCCUACAGAAUCUACUCACUAUUGAAAACUGGUAAGAAUAAUAGCUUUCUGUGUCUCAGUGACCAGUUAACAUUUUCAAGAGUAGAAUUUAUCUUCCUAUGAUGCUCAAAUACACAGGAAAAAUGCAUAUCUAGGACAAUGGAUAAACUCUAUAUGACAUGAGAAAAUAGUUAUUCAAAUGGAAAAAGUAUAAGAUCUACAAGGCACAGUUUUAUAUGCAUUAGUGUGGAUAUAUACAUAAAGAAGCUCUAAGAAACAUAGAAAUCACUUCCAGGAAGCAAUUUUAGGUAGAAGAGAAUUAACAUGGAUGAGGAAGAAAAGAGAGUUGGUUUUAAAAUAGUUUCAUUGACUUGUUUUUUUUUUGUUUGUUUAUUUAUUUGUUUUAUUUAUUUGGUCUUUGGAAUAUAAGAAAACAGUGGCUUUCAGAUCAGUAUCCCAGUGGAACAAAGGGACUGAGGUCUAUCCUGGAGCCCAGCCAUUGUUUGACUAUCUUGUAAUAAUACUGGUGAAAUACAACCAAACCAUUUGAAAUACAAGCAUCCUCUCUGACAAUAAACUUAAGACACCAACAUUAUAUAUUAAAGAAAGUAAAGAGAGAAUACUGUUUUCUUUAGAGAGAAAGUACAGAUCCUGGACCAAAUCAAUAAUGUCAGCAAACCUCAUGGGUAUAAAAUAUUCUGCUGCCUAUCAUUUAGAACAUGCCUCUAGAAGAGGGAAACUGGGCGAUAAUUUCCCCAGAUUUUAUAUUUAAUUCAAAUAUUUUAGAUAAGAGGCAUCUCUAGUAAAACAUUGUAUUAUUGAUUCUUUCCAAUAUGAUAGCUCAGAGGAGUUCCUCUCUCCUUCUCAAAUACAUAUGGGGAAAUGGAGGUGGGUGUGGGUUAUAGGAAGUAUCUAAAUAGAGCAUAAUAAUCAACAGUUUGUUUUUUAAAAAUAGAAAUUUCUAUUCAAAUUGUUUCCAGAGACAGAAACACACAGAGACAAUUCCAUGUGACAACAGUGAAAGAGACCAGAGUGAUGCAGCUGCAAAUCAAACAACUGCCAACACCAGUGAUUGAUGGCCACCACCAGAAUCUGGUUAAGACAAAGAAGGAUCCUCCCCUUGAGGCGUCAGAAAGAACAUGGCCCUCUCAACACUUUGAGUUUGAACUUCUGGCCUCUAGAGCUGUGAUAAAAUAAAUUUCUGUUCUUUUAAGCUAACAAGUUUGUGGUAUCUUGUUAUGGUAGCCCUAGAGAUGACAGUAUUUGAUUCCUGAGCUGGCAACUGUAUUUUGACUAUGUAAUGACUAUUCCAAGAUAAUCAACAGACACAAAGAUAAAGGCAAAACUGAGACUAAGCCCAGUUCUUUUUAUUCCCAGAAUAAUAAAUGAUUUUUUAAUUAAUUUAGAUCUCUUUGUCUAACCCCUCUGCUUUUCAGAAGAGUAUGUGGGACCAAUCAAGUAUUCAUAUGUUAUACUUUCAUUUUAAUUCAUCUCAAAUUAUUUCUAAUUCCCCUUAUGAGUUCUUACUUGACCCAUGAAUUAUUUAGGAAUAUAUUCUUUAAUUUCCAUUUGUGAUUUUCAACAAAUUUCUUUCUGUUAACGAUUUCUUAUUGCAUUCUGUUGUCAUCUGAGAGCACUCUUUGUAUUGUUUAUGUCCUUUAAAAUGUACUGAAAUUUGUUUUAUGGCCUAGCAUAUAGUAUAUCCAUGUGCAUUUGAAAAGAAUGUAUAUUCUGAUGCUGUUGGGUGGAAUGUUUUAUAGAUGGCUGUUACGUCUACUUGAUUGAUAAUGCUGUUCAAGGUUUUUAUUUUCUUGUUGAUUUUCUGUUGUUCUGCUACUGAAAGAAGGGUAUUAAAGUAUCCAACUAUUA